GUGUUUUAGGAAAUAAAUUCUGUUGUGAAGGUUGGUGAAGCCCUCGUUGGAUUUGUUUUGGAUUUUAAAUUUUUUGAUAAAUUUUGUAUUUUAUAGUUUGAGAAAUUGGUUUGGUUCUCAAAUGUGUCAAUGUGAAUCUAAGAGCUUGGUAGUCGAUUGUGAAAUGAUAUUUAAUCGCUGAUUUUGUGAAAUUUUGGAUUUUGAAGUUUUGAGAAAUCUGAAUUUUUGGGUUUGGUUCCCAAAUGUUAGCUGCAGUCGGUUGUUUGCGUGCCAUAAGCACAAUUCUUUGAAUUUGUUAGUAGUCUUCCUCAGCUGUUUGUUGAGAUAGAACCAACGAUACUUCCAAUAAUGCAGAAAAUGUUGACCACUGAUAGCCAUUGUAAACUGACGUAUAGAAUUGCUUCUCGAGUUUGUAUACCUUAUGUUUCUUGUCAGCUAAAGAUACUUCGUUUUUAUUUGCUAAUAAUGCUUGCGAUUUUUGCUUGGUGCAUUGAGGACGAUGACUCUGUGGAAAAUGAAUCUGCAGGACCAUCAAAAAGAAAGCGAAGACUUGUUCUUGAUGCUGACAUGGAGAUAAAGAUGAAAGAACUAUAUGAAAGGUUCAAAGAUGAUAAGAAUUGCAGCCAGCUUAUUGCCGAAUCUUUGAAUCCUGAUGGUGGAUUUUCUGCUGCGCAAGUAACCAACAAGCUUGAACACCUAGGUCUAGAAACAAGGAGAAGACUUUGGCGUGGUGACAGCUCUCUUGAAGAAAGUGAAAGCAAGAAUGAAAAUGGUGAUCCAGAUCACUUAGAGGCAGCAUCAGAUCUCUUUAAGAAAAUACAAAGUUUUCUUCUUUUACCACGUGCCCUUUUUGGGCUUGCAUGUAAUGUUGCUGUCACUUUAUAAUCAAGUGUUGUAGUUCAGAUUUUUUAG